GUGGAUAGUUCCACAGGUGGUAACAACAAGGCAAAUCAAUCACGAAGAACAUCGUUGGUGAGUCGUUCAGACUUCAGAAACACAAUUUCUUGCCUUCCCCAGAUUUUCUCUCCUACUCUUUGUUUUACUUUUCUUCUUCAUCGUUUUGGUCAAAGGGAUCCUUAUACGACGUCGCUUUAUUCACUUCCUACCUCCUGUCUCAAUCUCCACUUCUAGGGUUUUCCUUUCCAAAUUUCUUUUUUACGUCCUCCUAUGGUGGAUUUACCACUCCUACAUAUCCAAUUUUAAGGGUACUGUUAUUCACUACUUUGGCUUCAAACAUCUCAGCAUGGGGCUUUGUGUGACCAAGCCUAAAACUGAUGGAGAUGACUCUGAUCAUAAUGCUGAGUUCGCUGAUAGCAAUGUGAUCAUCAUCAAUACAAAAGAAAGUUGGGACCAGAAGCUGGAAGAAGCAAAAAGGGAUGGAAAGAUUGUCAUUGCAAACUUCAGCGCAAAUUGGUGUGGUCCUUGCAAAAUGAUUGCACCAUUCUACUGCGAGCUAUCUGAGAAAUAUCCUUCUCUUAUGUUUGUUGUAAUCGACGUGGAUGAAAUGACUGACUUCAGCUCCUCGUGGGAUAUUAAAGCCACUCCUACUUUCUUCUUUCUCCGAGAUGGUGAACAAAUUGACAAGCUCGUUGGAGCGAACAAACCCGAGCUGCAGAAGAAGAUAAUUGCACUUUUAGAUUCAACUGCUUGUGAUGAGAAAUGAUUUGGUAUCAUGAAAAGAUCUGCAGGUCUCCCUUUUGCCCUUGUGAAUUUAGAAAUGCUGUGUGUAGAAUUUUGUUCGGCCUUAACUUGUAAAAUGUAAAUACUGAUUGAUCGCAUGGAAAUGGUUUAUUUUGUUGAAGAUUUUUGGGAUAUUUUGGAAACCUGAGAAUCAUUCUUACAAUGUCUUUUAUAAUUAUAGGUGUUUGUAAAAUAUCUAAUACAAUUCGAUCUGCACGAUUUAAUUCAAUUUAAUCUGCAAAUUGCGGCUAUGUGCACUUAUAAGAAA